UUUUUACCACCAUUUUUUUUAAAUUAAGUAGAAUUUUACAAAUUUAUUUAUGAUUUGGAAAAAGUUGAAUACGAGUGUCAGAAUCGAAAUAAUUUUUUACUCCCCGAAAAUUUGAAGACACUAACCUAUUAAAUAAUAAAUUAAAAAAUGUGCAGCUUGUUUGAUUUAAAUCCCUGACUAUGAAAGUGACGAAAUUAUUAUAAAAAUCGAGUCUGAGGGAACAGAUUAAAAAUAGUCUUAAAAAUGAUUAAGCGACGGAAACAAUGCCUAGUAUCCUCAAUCGUUGGUUUCAUGGACAAAAAAAAGCAAUCGAAAAUUGGCCGAUUAUCAUGUUUCGUUUGUGACUACUACAUUUUGGGAAGUCCUGUCUAUGUGAUAAUGCUGGGCCUGAUUGGGACCGUCAUCACAGCUUUUGAUAUCAUUCGAAUUAUGAACUACAAUUUACCAGUCAGAUGUAAAUCAAGAUCUCGAAAUUUGGAAAACAGUGUCCCUAUCGAUGUUGAGAGAGAUUUAAAAUUAAUGACUUGUAUUCUCGCAAUCGAACAUUACACAUUAAUAAUGCUUGGAGCUAUAACAGAAUAUCCAAUGUUACAUACACCAUGGCUUUUAAUGCAACUAUGCAUUAUGAUUGUCGAAGUCGUAGUUUUUUUUGUAAGGCUUUUUUUGGAUGGACUUUAUAUAAAACGAGACGAAAUAUUCCUCGCGAUUUGGUCACUUCACAACUGGCUUCAAGUGUUUUGCUCGUUUCAUCGUCAUACUAGAUACCCAACAUAAUUCAUCUUUGCUUCAAAAAUUAUUAUUCUCAAUUAUUUAAAAAUAUCAUGUCAAUUUUAUCUGUCGACCAU